AAUGAGGGGUAUAAUAAGAGCUUGCCCCAAUUAAUCAAAAUGAUAAAAACAAUCCUACCUUGUUGGAUUCUUUAAUUUAAAGUGUCCCAUCAUAACACCCCCUUUCCCCUCCCCAAGUCCUUCUCUCCAACCCCCUUUUUAUUUAUAAAUCUCUCGUAUCCAUCAUCUUCUCUACCAAUCACCUUCUCUACCAAUCACCUUCCCCUUAACUUCUCUCUCCCUUGACCAUUUUAUCACUACACAAAUACAUACGCGCUCCUUUCCCCUCUUCUAUUUCCACCCUUUUUCCUCCUACCCAAAAAAAUUAAAAUGGAGGUAGAAAAUCACCAACUUGCACAAAAACAACAAGGCGGCCGCGGCAGUGGUGAGAAAUGGGAAGGCUACGUCGAUUGGAAGGGCCGGCCAGCUCGUCGUGGCCGCCAUGGCGGAUUUGUAUCCGCAUCUUUUGUUUUAGUGGUGGAAGUGAUGGAAAAUAUGGCAUUCUUGGCAAAUGCAAGCAAUUUAGUAUUGUAUGUAUCAAAAUACAUGCAUUUUACGCCAUCAAAAUCAUCAAAUACGGUCACAAAUUUCAUGGGCACCGCUUUUCUUCUUGCUUUGUUGGGUGGUUUUCUUUCGGAUGCCUUUUUCACAACUUAUCAAGUCUAUCUUACUAGUGCUCUCAUUGAAUUUUUGGGUUUGGUUGUUUUAACCGUGCAAGCUUACAAACCCUCCCUACAACCGCCGCAGUGUAACCCAAAGGACCCCACAACAACACCAUGCCGAGAACCUAACACCUCGGAAGCAGCAAUGCUCUACAUAGGACUCUACUUAGUGGCCGUUGGUGUUGGAGGGAUUAAAGGGUCCUUACCAACCCAUGGCGCGGAGCAAUUUGAUGAGAGCACUUCUCAAGGAAGGAUAAAGAGAUCAACGUUCUUCAACUACUUCGUGUUCUGCCUAUCAGCUGGUGGCCUCAUCGCCACGACGUUUGUAGUUUGGGUGGAGGACAACAAGGGCUGGAAAUGGGGCUUCUUUAUCUCCACCUUGUCUAUAUUGUUAUCUAUUCCUGUCUUCCUGGGUGGUUCUCCAUUUUAUCGUAACAAGAUCCCCUCUGGAAGUCCUCUAACUACCAUAUCAAAGGUAUUAAUAGCUGCUACACUCAACAGCUGCAUGAGCAAAAACACCAGCAAUGCAGUAGCAAACAUGGCUGCGAGCCCACAAAGUUAUCCACUACAAACGUCUAAGGAAGGCGAGGAAUCAAUGAAGGGUUGCCAAGAGAUAAUAGAAACUGAUCCUUUGGAAACAUUAACAGAGAGCUUUAAACCGUUAAACAAUGCAGUGAACUCAAACCCUUUUUCUCCAUCACUAAGAUGCACCAUAAAAGAGGUAGAGGAAGUAAAAAUAGUCCUAAAAAUCUUUCCAAUCUUUGCAAGUACAAUACUUCUCAACUGUUGUCUAGCCCAACUAUCUACCUUCUCGGUGGAACAAGCUGCAUCGAUGGACACCAACCUCGGCUCCUUGAAAGUCCCCCCGGCCUCACUCCCCGUGUUUCCUAUAGUCAUCAUCAUGGCCCUUGCACCGGUCUAUGACCACAUUAUCAUCCCCUUUGCACGUAACAUUACUAAAAGAGAGACCGGUAUUUCUCACCUCCAGAGGAUUGGUGUUGGCCUAAUCCUCUCGGUUGCAGCCAUGGCCGUGGCUGCCCUAGUUGAGGUCAAAAGGAAACAAGUAGCAAUCGAUCAAGGAAUGGUUGACUCGGUUGAACCAUUGCCAUUAACUUUCUUUUGGAUUGCUAUUCAGUACGCGUUGCUUGGAUCAGCCGAUCUCUUUUGCCUAGCCGGGAUGCUAGAGUUCUUUUUUACUGAAGCUCCAUCAAGCAUGAGGUCUCUUGCAACCUCGCUCUCUUGGGCGUCGUUGGCCAUUGGUUACUACCUUAGCUCGGUUAUUGUUUCCAUUGUUAACGCGGCUACUAGAAGAGGGCAUGAUGAGCAUAAUGCUUGGUUAGCCGGGAGCAAUUUGAACCGUUACCACCUUGAGAGGUUUUACUGGUUAUUAUGUGUUUUAGGUGCCUUAAACUUCUUAAACUACCUCUUUUGGGCAUGUAAGUACAAAUACAGAUCAACUGGAUCAAUAAGGUGAUUCAGAAUUAAACUAUUUUGCAUUUUCCUUUAGGUGGGGCGAACCUAUAAACUACAUCUUAAUUCAUACUAGUGAAAUACUACGAUAAUCACUUGUACAUUAUUACAUCUAUUUUUUAUUUUAAUCCCGAAAAAUUAUGGGGGUCGAAUUUUAAUUAGGUGAUCAACCAAUAUUAAUACAAUCAUUUGUAACCAACAAUAAUCUAAUUAAAUGAUAUUAAUAAUGACAAACAUAUUGGAGGUAAUAAUUACAACAUCUAGACAGGUGCAAUAUGAAACUCAAUGGGGCUAUAUUUUACCAAAUAUCCAAAGAGGCAAAUAACCAGGCAAAGGUUGGCCUAAGUCAUGAGAUCAAAUUCCACUAACAAAGCAUUUUAUGUGUGUCUAGUUAUACCGUAUGACCAUUUGUAAAAAAAAAAAAAAAAAAAAAAA